AUGUGGUCCUCGAGCCAGUCUUUGGGCGAAGCCGACAGGAUACUGAUGCCGCCUCCUCCACUUCCCUCUCGGGGCCCAAGGCAGACCCCUUACCUUAGGAUCCACACGCCACCCUCUCGAGUGCUGACAGCUUCGCCUUACUUUGCAAGCUCAGCUUCAAAGGAGCAUCAUUCCACGGAUUCCUCUCGGAAGACUCUCAGCAACGCCAACAGCCCUUCUAGUCGUCAAUCAACAGGUAUCUCCGGCUGUCAGCCCAGAGUUGACAGAUCUGACACUCGACGUCCAACACAUGCAAGUUGUCCCAGUAACCGUUCAAGUACAACUGUUUCCAUAUACGCUUCUCAGUGGCGAGGUACAUAUGCGCGCAGUAUCUCCAGAGCACCUACUGCGUUCGCCGGAUGUGAAGGACGACAGAUCAUAUGCGCUGUCAGUGAGGGGAGAGGCGUACCUCCGGUUGUUGGGCUCGCCAUAAUCGACAUCGACAUCGGCAGUGCAGUCAUGAGCCAGAUUUGCGACACACAAUGCUACGUUCAUACAAUACACAAGAUAAGAGUCCACGAGCCCAAGGAGAUUCUGAUUGUGUCGAGUGCUGGGCCGCCCAACCGCAAGUCCGUUCUUUACAGUGUCAUCGAGGAGGAGCUAUCCGACGUUCCAAUAACGACACUUGACAGGAAAUAUUGGUCAGAAAUAACCGGUCUUGGAUACAUCGAGAAUUUGGCUUUUCAUGAAGACAUUGACGCCCUCAAAGUUUCAACGCAUGGCAACUUCUAUGCUAUAUGCGCGUUAUCAGCGGCGCUCAGGCAUCUUGAGCUGCAAGCUUCUGUGAGGAUCGCACCCCACAGCCUUGCCAUGAGCUACGAGCCACCAGACGAUUCCAUGAUGAUCGACGUCGCAUCAAUCCAUGCCCUCGAACUCCUGCAAAACUUACAGAACGUCAAGUCAAAAACAUGUUUGUUCGGGCUUCUCGACAACACUUUGACAUCUAUGGGUGCACGUUAUCUUAGGAGCUGCAUCCUUCAGCCGUCGACAAAGAAGGAGAUCAUUACAGCUCGCCAUGAAGCUGUGGAGGAGCUUUCGAGCAAAGAAGACAUGUUCUUCGAGAUCACCAACUCAAUUCUGGAGAUGAUUGACAAACAAAUCGACAAGGAUUCAGUGUUUGCAACAAAGCCGCUAGAAAUGAGGAAUCAGCGAACUUUUGCAGUCAAGAGCAACGUUGAUCCACUUCUGGAUCUGGCUCGACAGGCGUACAAAGAGCAGACAGACGAGCUAUACAAUUAUGUCGAGCAGUUCAACACUGAAAACAAUUAUAGCAACGAAAUCAGAUAUGACGACAACCGCAAGUUCUGGCUCCGCUUCGAUUUAAAGGACUUUGACGACUCAGGCAUUCCGUCACAUCUUAUCAACGCAGUUCGCAACAAAGGCUAUCUUGAAUGCCAGACUAUCCAACUAAAUCAGCUGAACUCGAGAAUCUCUGACGCAAGUUGUGAAGUGCUGAUCCAAAGUGAAAAAGUUGUCGAAAAUCUAGUCAAGGAACUCCGCACGCAGAUACCUCGUCUCAUUAGACUUUGCCAAGCCAUAGGCUACCUCGACAUGCUGGCGAGCUUUGCCCACUUGGUAACUAUCAGUGACUACUGUCGGCCAGACAUGGCAUCUACGGUUGCCGUGACAUCGGCCAGACAUCCCAUUGUCGAACAGUGCGUCGCCAACUUUGUUCCAAACCACUACUAUGUUUCAGAUCAAUAUUCAUUCCAAAUCAUAACUGGAUGCAACAUGAGCGGCAAGAGCACGUACAUCAAGACUUUGGCUGUGUUGCAGGUGAUGGCCCAGGUCGGUAGUUUUGUCCCCGCCGAAUAUGCAUCCUUGCCUAUUCUACACAAGAUCUUCACGAGGAUUUCCAAAGAUGACAGUAUAGAGAGCAACCUGUCAACUUUUUCUUUGGAAAUGAGGGAAACGGCAUUCAUUCUUCGAAACAUCGACAGCAGGAGUCUUGCCAUUGUUGAUGAACUUGGCCGAGGUACCAGCACGCGUGACGGACUGGCCAUCGCUAUUGCCAUAUCGGAGGCACUGAUUGAGAGCGGCGCUCGGGUGCUUUUUGCAACUCAUUUCCAUGAACUAGCCACCGUCCUCAACGACCGUCCUCAUGUCGUAAAUCAGCACCUCCAAGCCGAGAAAAGUGUCGUUGGAAACGGCCCGGAUGCGAGACCUAAGAUCACGAUGAUCCAUAAAAUAGCCAAAGGCCCACUGAGGGACGACAGUUAUGGGAUAGACUUGGCUCGUGUGAUUGGAUUUCCGCCUUCCUUCAUAGAGCAUGCUCAAAAACUGGCAGAAAUCCUACGACGUAAUGCCGCGGCUAAAAAGCAGUCCUCAAGUCAACACAAGCUCAUGCGUCGCCGAGCCCUCGUUACGAACCUGCAAGAACUGCUAAUUCAAGCCCGAGACGCUAAUAUGGAUGAUUCGGCACUAUUGACAUUGCUGAAACGACUUCAGGCGGACUUUGUCAAUCGCAUGGCGGAAAUUGACGAAGAGAACAAGAGCACUGAUGAACAACAGGAAAACGAGCAUUGCAGCACCUUGGGCAGCACACCUCCACGGCUCAUAAACUCAAGAGGGUCACCGCAUAGGAUGGCCAGCAGCCCGGACCCUGUAGCAGAUCACCGGGACAAAGCUGUUAUCGCUUCCGACAACGAUGAUAAACCUCAUUGGUUUGAUGAAAGCACAGCUAACAGCUCUCGUCUGCGCUGCAGUGAUUUGGAAGACGAGUCUCCGUUUCAGCCUCGCAUGGAAUCUAGCCCCGUGACAGAAUUUCAUGCAAGAAAGCAGUCUCGCAAGAGGCAGGCAAAUAAUCCGGGAAACGGCCGUAACCAUAAAGUGCAUAUCAAGUUGGAAAAGAUAGCUGACGCCAAGAAGACUACAAUGGAGGCAGAGAGACGAUCAGAGUCUGAGCACAACAAUUUUGUACAAGCCCCUUUUGAGAUUUCUGAUGAGUCUCCAUCUGAGUAG